AUGGAUCCUAAAGUGAGCAAAAAGACCCAGGAGACCCUCGGCAAGAUUAUUAAACGACCUCCCCUUACUGACAAGUUGUUGGCUAAACCGCCUUUUAGGUUCCUUCACGAUAUUAUUACUUCUGUGAUUAAUACAACUGGUUUUAUGCAAGGAUUAUAUAGCACCGAAGAACAAAAUUCCGAUAAUGUUAAGGAUAAAGAAAGCAAAAUUGCUUUUCUCCAAAAGGCACUCGACAUUGUGUCCUUAGUUGCUGGUAGACAAUUACCUAUGAAACCAUCUAAGGUAGUUGCUGGCCAUGAACCAGAGAAAACCAAUGAGUUCCUUCAAGUCUUAGCUGAAGCUAUCAAUAAGCAGGUAGACAACGAUUCAUAUGUUGAGCGUGUUCUCAAAUCGAGGGAUACGACCAAGAGUCAUGAACCAAACAGAGAAAAGGACAAACCCAGAGACAAAAGUUUAAGCAGACGAUCAGAAAAAGAAAGAUCUCGAGAGAAAGGGGAGCAAAAGGAAAGUUCCCGAUCUCAGCAGGACAAGCAUAAAGAAAAGAAUGAAAACGAGAAUAAAACUCAAGAGAAAGACCGGCACAAGGGUAAAGAGGACGAGAAAGAGCGACGUCGCAGCAGGGCAGAAGAGAAGGCAAAGGAGAGGGAGCAGCAACACCGAGGCAGGAAUGAGGAAAAAGAAGGGAAAGACGAGGAGAAGGAAAAAGACAGAGAGAAGGAGCGAGAGAAAGAUAGAGAAAAAGGGCGAAGUGAAGAGAAGUCAAAGGAGAAACGAUCGAGUGAGAGGGAAAGAUCCUCCAGGAAGUCCAGAAAAGAUGACACCAAAGAAAAUGAAAAGCCUCCAAUUGAGAAGAAAGAGUCAGAUGAAAAAAUUGAGGAACCUACUCCUCGAAGGUUACAAAGGCCAACAUCAGCUAAAGGUUCUCGACAAAAGAGGGAAGAAAGUGGAGCAUCCCCAGCACCUCCACCUCCUACACAAGAUGAAAGCCCAAAACAGCCGGUUGAAGAACCCUCAAGCCAGCCUGUAAAACAGGUUCAAAUGGCUCGUCCAAGCAGUGCACGCCCGGCACCUCCAAAGCAGAGGAAAUCAGAGGUCAUCCCAACUGAUCCAAUUAUCCAGUAUGUUCACCUGUUCAAAACAAUUUCAUAUAUAUUAUUACAAUUGUCUCCUCCUUUCACUUAUUACACUUGUCCCCCUUCCCUUCAUUUAUACACCUGCCUUCCACCUUCAUUUAUUACACUUGUCUCCCCUCCCUUCAUUUAUUACUCUUGUCCCCCCUCCCUUCAUUUAUUACUCUUGUCUCCCUCCCUUCAUUUAUUACUCGUCUCCCCUCCCUUCAUUUAUUACACUUAUCUCCCCUCCCUUCAUUUAUUACUCUUGUCUCCGCUCCCUUCAUUUAUUACACUUGUCUCCCCUCCCUUCAUUUAUUACACUUGUUGCCCCUCCCUUCAUUGA